AUAACCUUCUUGAUUUAUAAACUAUGGUUACUUCUAAGAUAUUUCUACUCUGUGGUUAUUUGAGCGGGAAUAUAAUAUUGUUUGUUUUGGUUUUAUGUUGUCGGUAAAGCUGGUAAAGUGUAACAAAACUGAUUGUACGUAGAUAGUGUUUAAGAAGUAACAUAAAUGAAGUGCAAUAUAAUCGUGGCAGUUGGUAAUAAUAACGGAAUAGGAAUUGGUGGUAAAUUACCGUGGAACCUAAGGCAAGAGCUGGCAUAUUUUUCAAGAAUGACAAAGAGUACUACCGAUCCACUGAAGAAAAAUGCUGUUGUAAUGGGAAGGAAGACAUGGGAGUCUAUACCAGAAAAAUUUCGACCUCUUCCUGGGCGGUUGAAUGUUGUAUUGACUCGCACAAAUAGGUCACUUGGUGAAGAAGUAAUAGUUCAUACCAGCCUGGAAGAUGCCAUCAAAGAUUUGCACAAUAGGCAAGAUGUAGAAACUGUGUGGGUGAUUGGUGGAAGUUCUGUAUAUGACGAAAUGAUGAAAUCCUCAUACUGUCACAGGUUAUAUAUAACCAAUAUUUUGAAGGACUACAAUUGUGAUACGUUCUUUCCAGAAAUUGGUAGCCAGUACAUAUCUGUCAGGGUGCUGUCAGAUUGGAAGAAUUUGAAAGAUCUUGGGCAGUUACCACCUCUCAAAAUAUGGAAAGCAAAGAUUUUGCAGUAGAAGAGAUUUGUUUCACAGUAUCGAAGAUGAAGUGCUCGUAGCUCUUAAGUGAUCCUACAGUACCUUUGGGUAUCCAAGAAGAAAAUGGCAUUCAGUUUCAAUAUAAAGUUUAUGAAAAUACAGAAUAUGUCUCUAUUAAAAACAGUUAAAAGUAAACUAAUUCCACCAACUAAGGGAAAAAUAUAUUAUUUCUUUGUGUAGUUUUAGUUUCAUGCAAGUGGUGGAAAAAUAUGAACACAUGGUAAUGUGCUGAUAGAAAUAUAGAAAGACAGAAAAAUAUAGAAAGAUAGAAAAAUGAGAAAACUUGAUGUAAUUGUAAAAACAUGUAACAUUAAGAAAUAUAUGCAAUUUAAAUUA